AAAGCGUCGAGUCUCUCACCAGGGGAGCUAUUUGUAGACACCAUCGCCUGCUGAAUCGCGGUUCUCACUGGACUCACGGCAAUGCAACUUCGCCUUACGAGCGGAAGAAAAGAAAACCCUGGCGUCGCAAGACUUUCAUUUUUCGGAAUCUCGAUUGCUUAGAUACAGGCAAAAGUUUUGUAUUCGGAAUUAUUAGGGGAAACUUCGUCAAAACAACUUCUGACAGAAGUUGCUCUCUUCAAACGAAUCGUUUGUGCAGUCUGCUGGGAAUGCCGUGGGUCGUUAGGUUGUGCGAAUACGUUAUUUGAUCAUAAAUCCACUUUUAAUGGACGAAUUUCGUUAAUCUUUGUGGGCGUCGUUGACAGAGAUGAUUCUUGAUUACAUUUUUUGUUCUCGUUGUCUGCGGGAUGCAAUCGUGCGCUACACCUUUCUAUUGGCAUGGGUUUUUCUGAUACCGGGGAUUUGGGAAUCCUAAUUUCAGAGACUUUCCAAUAUUACAUGAACUGUAGAACAGUAACUUAGAGGUCAAGUAAAUCUGCUUAUCCUGAACCGAUCCUUCUUAAGGGUAUGCCAGUGAACAGAAAUGGAGGAGCGAAUGAGAAUACUGGAAGAUCUCAAUAUGAUCUACAUUAGGCAGAUAGCCCUAAGUUUACAGGACAGUGACAUCCAGAAAAAGAUAGACCAUGAGAUCCGGAUGCGAGAGGGGACCUGCAAGCUGCUGGGAGCCUGUUCCCAGAAGGACCAGGCGCUGGAGGCCUCCAAGAGUCUGCUGACCUGCAACACACGCAUCCUAGCCUACAUGUCAGAACUGCAGCGCAUGAAAGAGGCCCAGAUCUUACAGAGGGCAACACGCAGACCAUCGGACUCAGCACCACUAGAUGAACGCCUCCCCUGCAAGGGAAAAGUGGCCAUCUCGGACCUACGCAUCCCACUGAUGUGGAAAGACACAGAAUACUUCAAGAACAAGGGAGAGCUCCACCGCUGUGCUGUCUUCUGCAUACUGCAGCUGGGGGGUGAGAUCCACGACACAGACAUGGUGAUGGUAGAUCGCACUAUGACGGACAUCUGCUUCGACAGCACCAUCAUCUUCCAAGAGGCCUGCCCUGGGUUCGAGCUGCGAAUGGAGCUCUACAGUUGCUGCUCAGAGGACGAGUCCUCCACGGGCAGUGCAUCCCGAAAGCUGGCCAGCAAGCUCGGCAGCUCCCUGAGUCGCUCGUCGGGGAAGAAGUUCCGGUCAGGGCUGGAACCCGGGGGAGGCAGCCCGGUCAGCAACGGGGGAGGGGCCCCACUGCUGCUGCCUGCACCCUCCAACUCUGGACCCAAGUACCACCUGCUGGCCCACACCUCUCUGGUGAUGGCACAUGUGCAGGAUGCUUUCCGUACACAUGAUCUGUCUAUCACUGGAAAUGAGGAGUGUUCAUACUGGCUGCCCCUUUAUGGAAGUGCGUGCUGUCGUCUGGUGGCACAGCCUCGCUGCAUGACUGAGCAGAUGAUGAGCGGCCGCCUCAAGGUCAAGCACCUAGGAGGUGACAGCCAAAGUUGUAAGACCACAUACAGUGUCCUGAGAGGGACAAAACUCUUCUGCUAUCUUCAGGAAGACAAUGUUGAAGCUGAAGUGGAGCCCGCUUUCACAAUUGCCAUUAACAAGGAAACGAGGAUCCGCGCCACGGACAAAGAUCCGCACGGCAAGGCUCAAAGCAUCUGCAUCAGCAACCGCUACGGGGGAGAGGAAGUGACUCAUGUGCUGAGCGCUGAGCGGCGAGAGGACACACAGCGCUGGAUGGAGGCCUUCUGGCAGCAUUUCUAUGACAUGAGCCAGUGGAAGCAGUGUUGUGACGACCUGAUGAAAAUCAAUGUGCCAUUGCCACGGAAACCUACGGCCGUCAUGACUAAGCAGGGCUCGCUAUACCAUGAGAUGAUUAUUGACACGUCAGAUGACAUUGGGACGGUGACAGACAUUCUGGCGCGGCGCGUGAAGGAGGAGUCAUUUCUGAGCCACCCUGAAGGACCCCUUCAUUGGAUGUCCUUGUUUGGGGAGUCUCCACCCCCCUCCCAUUCUCUCCAGGGAGCUGGGCUCAGCCCUCAUCUCUACUGUCGCAGCCCUCGUGACCCGGGCCGCCAUCAGCGUGGCCAGCUUUCAGACAGCCCCGGAUCCCCGCUGUUCCCCCGCUCACGCCCCCGCACCCUCUCCCUGGAUGCCAAGCUCAGCAGCCUUAGGGGCCGCGGCUAUGGGAGCUCGCCGGCUCAGGCCCCUCAGCCGAUCCCGUCCUGCUCCAGCUCGACCUCCAGCCACAGCUCCAGUGAGGGCAGCACCGCUUCAGAGACUGACAGCGUGCCCUUCCCUCGCAGUACCACAGCACGCAGCAGCCUGAGAAACCUGCGGGCAAAACUUGACCCUCGUAACUGGCUGCAGAGUCAGGUAUAAUGCUCCCCCCUCCCAAAAACCAUGUGGUGUAUACCGGAAGAUGAACUGAAUGGCUGCUCCAUCGUGUACAUAAAAUUGGUGGUCACCUGACCAUUAUGUCUCCCUUCAUCUGCUCUCUAUUUCAAAAAGCCUGAUUCUAACAGAAAGAAAUAGAAACAGAAUCAGUACAUUUCAAGAUUCCAGUGGUGCUUUUUAAAUGACUAACAUUUUUUCCCCCUUUGAAAAAAAAAAUCAAAUACACACUCUUUAUAUGAGUACAUAUAAACACAGAUAAAAAAACGACUUUGCCUGCUAUAUAGGGAAUGAAGAUAACUAUGUUCACUCGCCUGCAUAAUUUUGAAAGGAGUUGGGUAAAAACUCCACAAGUCAUGGACCUUCUGUAUAUUUGGACCUCAAAACCGGCACAACUGCAUUGAUUCCCACUACUUAAUGAACGCAUCAAAUCCUUUUUAAAAUAAAUGUGUAACAUAUUUAAACCAAACCGCAUCGUCAAUGCCUCAAUUAAAAAUGAAAUGAACAAAUAAAAAAGAAACGUACAACAAGUAUUAGAUGUUUGUGACUAUAAAUUUAUUUUCCUGACUGUUUUUGGACAGCACAUCAGUCCCCCUGAAAUUUCAGCUUGCAAUCUUGUUCAGAUGCACCUAGAACAACAUGGCACUCAUUCAUCUCUGAAAAUACAAGUUGUGGGACGGAAAGUGGAUUUCAGGGAUGAAAUUAUGUCAUGCAAAGACCCUGGUGCCCAAAACCUUUGAGUACCAUCACUGAAAUGUUUCCAUAAUGUGAAGCUUCUUAAUCUGCAAACAGAAAAAUAACUGAAAUGUUUGACAAAUGUAUGUCUUGCCAAAUGUUUUUUUCUAAUUCAAUAAGGACAAUGCUAGUCUGUUCUGUAGUCAGCAUUUUGAAACAGGACAAAAUCAGGCAUAUUGUUGGUUAAAUAUUGUUUUGGCUUCUCAUUUGCUGAAGCAGUGGUGUAUAUUGAUGUAUAUUGUCUAAAAGGUACAGUAGUUAUACAUCUUUUAAACAACACUGUAUGUACAUAGAUUCUGGAUUUUUCCUACCUGAUCCUGUCAUUAUAAAAUAUGUCUUGCUUCGUUUUAGUAUUUCCCUUAAAGUGUCCCUGUUUUCAUCUUAUUUUCCAUGAUCAUUUAAUAAUCAGUGCAAACACAGAACUAAUUAUACAGUUAGAGAAACAAUAAACGGUACUUCUGCAGAAGAAUCCAGUUAUUCUUAUCUAACACUUACAGUAAACACACUAAAGUCCCAGUGGUGAAAGACUGACAGAUUCAUUCUUCAUAAUUAGCUAUUUUUCACGGGAGCACACAAAGGAUAGAUAGCCACGUGGUGAACAGCAGGAAAGUUACAGCUGUAGAGAGUGAUGGGAAGCCUUAUAGGGUAUUUGAGGCAUUUAUUUGUGCGUUUCUGUUUUCAGCAACCUGUGGGUGAAAAAUGAUCACAUCAAGUUAACAUCACAAGAGUUACUUAUUGUAGACUUGCACUGUAAACAAAACCUAAGAACUUUAAAUAAAUGAAGAUAUUUAAAUAUCUUUAAAUAUCCAUUGUCAAUGACAAAUCUUCAAAGACAUAAAUUUAGUUUCUUUUGCAAGGACAAUCAGUUACAGAUAUUCUAAAAGCCAUUUUAGUAGACUUUAUGCUCUGUUCAAGAGAGUAUUCAAAAGCAUUUAAAGUAGUGUUAAAUUAUGUGAUGAAGCAUGUCUUAGACAAUGUAAAUUACAUGAUCAAGGCUUACAACGAUACUAUUAUUGGUUUGUUUCCACACUUCCAUAACUAUUCUUCCUUUUUUUAAUCACUGGGCUUGUUCAUCUAUGCCUAGUUAAUUUGUUUUCUUUGUUUGACAAAGCAUUUUAAAUAAUCAACCUACUCAAAGAAAGCCAUUUAGAUUAUGUGGGCAUUUAAUUUGGUGUGUUUUUACGUUGAUGUUAAGUGUCAUUGUCAGUGUUAUCAUGUGCUUAUUCAAUGUUUAAAUAUUAUUCACAAUUAAAUGGUUAACUUUCA